GCCUGGGAAGCGGCUGGUGCCACAAGUCCUCUCGGGUGGCCUGCUUGAAAGGCCGGAGUGCCCCUUCUCUGCCCUGUCUGCUGCCUCUGAAACUGAAGGCAGGGGGCCCUGUUUCCCAGCUCUGCCGCUUGCCAGCUCCGUUCUUCUGAGAGCGCGUGAAGGGCAGUUUGCAUCAGUGCCAUCGCUGAAUUGCUUUUAUAGGGCUCAUUACCCGGAAUUUGGGAGGGCGUUCCAUUGCGAAGCACAAAGCUGCACGUGUUAGUCGUUGUGAUUGUUGGUUUGUCGCCAAGCAAAAAGAGGCGGAGGGGGAGCAGCAGGCCCUCCAGGGCUGGGUCUGCCUCAGGGUCAGGCCUUUGCAGAAGGAGACCCCGGCUUAGCCCAGAAACAGGCCUGCCUUGCUGGAGCGGCGCUGCGCAAUGGCUGCUCCUCCAUUUCCACGGAGCUGCUUUGCGAGAGGCAUCUUCCACCCCUUCAUUGCGCUUCUGCUUGCGCGGCUGCGGCUUUGUCACAACAAUUCUUCCUGCGCUGUUUGUGUGUUUGUGAUGAGAGCUAGUUUGGCCCUUGGAAGGGUGCGCAGCAGAGGCCCUCCAACUCGCGCAAGGGAAGAGCCGAAACUAGGCGGCCGGACCUUCCAGGCCGCAUCCUCCGUAGCUGGUCUGUGGCAGCGCUGGCUCCAGGGCAGAGAGCUCCUUUUCGGAAAGGGCCCUUCGCCUCUCCUGGGUGGAUGCGAUUCCACUUCAGCGGCUGCCUUGGUGGGGCAAAUGAGCCACGAAUCUCACCGCGUCGGGAAGGCUGUUUCCACGUUCCCUGCCCAUCUAGUAAUGCGAGGCUUUGCAUAGCCAUUGACCUUUGCUUCCUGACGAAAAGAACUCUUAACGCACUCUGCUCCUGCCCGGCACUUGGCCCGGAGCGGCCUUCCGCUAAGACUAUUGUGUCCUCCUGGUUUUUGUUUCCAGUUAGCCUUUGGCAUUUCCUUGGGCCGGGUCCGCCCGAGGAAGACUUUGGGAGCAGCGGGGAAGAGCUGCCCUCGAGGAGAGCCAGAGGCGUUGCUGCCUAAUGGUGAGGCACCAGCUUUAAACUCCAGCUUGAAGGGAUCUCGGGAAGCAGCGGGGGUUGGCUGAAUCGGGUCUAAUGGAUGUAGCGGUCACGCGGCGCAUGUGCAAGGCACUCACGCGUGCACACACAGGUGCACGGGGAAGUGUGGAAGGAGCCCUUGGCUAGAGGGGUGCCUGGGGCUUGGCGGGUUGUCCUGGGAGUUCCCAUUGCCAGAUGCAGCAGUGCGGGGGGGACUGAGGGUCAAAAGGCACUUGCAUGUGCCACCCGGAGGCCUCUGCGGACCACCAGGGCCUGCAAGGUGGAAUGAGGAAGUUUCAGGGUGCUGCUUCAGCCUUGCUGUGGAACAUGGGCUUAUUUAUCCCUGACUGAACAGUGGGGGGUCCAAGAGCCCUACCCCCAAGGUUGGCUCUCUUAACUAACGGCAAUUCCCCCUUUGAUUGAGCGAGCAGGGCUGAGUUGGUGAAACCGAAGGUGGCGGCAGGGUUUCGCGGGCUUUUGCCACGGCUGGCGAGGCCAGAGGUCCGCAAACGAAUUCUGCCAAACGGCCCCCUGCUGCUGCUUUUCUGCUCUCCAGGUGCAGAUGGUUUUCUUUUCUGCGGAAGGAAAGAGACGGGCCCAGUUCCCUUCGUGCGGCCGUGGCAGCCCUUUCUUCUCCCCCCCGCAUUUUAUGAUAGGUUCUGAAAAGUUCUGCUCUUCUGCUUCUGAGGGAACGGCCUGGCCUGUGUCACCCCCCCGCCCUGCCGUGUGGUUUCAGCCUGCCUGGGGGUGAUUAAGGCCCGCCGUCCGGCCCCCUGCAGAGUUCGGGACGGCUGGAGCUGAGCCGCAAAUUGCCGGGAGCCGACCGUAAUUUCAGGGUCCGGCCACAGGCCUCCCUGAUUAUAGAGACACGUCUCCUUAUAGUCAGCGCCACAAGCCGCUGCUGCACUUCUGUUAAAGAUUUAAAGAAAGUCCGUUUCCUGUCUAAGCCAACGAGCCCCCUCUGGGCCCGGCACUUCUGUCCCGCGAGGCCGAAGAGCAGGCUUCUCCCCCUGCUGAUCUGUCCCAGCGGCCUUGUGCCGCGAGCAGAACUGCCCUGCUUCCGAACGGGCGCCUUGCAGCCCGGGCGGGCCAGGCUGGCGCCCAGAGCCCCUCUCUCCAGCAGAGGAAGCUCUCCGAUGCCAGUGCUGCUCGCAGGCAACCUCUCGCCCUUGCCCCAAGCUCCGCGUUCAUCGGGCAGAGUCGGUCGAGGCAGCUUCCCGUCGUAGCCGGCCAGGCAGGAGUGGCUUUCUCUGCCGUCACUGGCGGUGGGUUUGAACAGGGGCGCAAAGAGGCCCAUCAGAACAGACGCUGGAUAUGGUCUGUGGCUCAUCUUAUCUGGAUCCACAGAGAUGUACAGCGGCGAAGCCUAAAUCAGUCUGCUACGUUCGUCGGCGGGGAGGCGAGGGAGAACACGGGCAGUUGGGGGCCUCUGCGGCAGUCUGGAGACAGCGAGGCCGUUUCCCUCGCAACACGUCGCCCUGUGGGCAAUGCUCGUGCCCCCAGCCCGGCCCCCUCCCCUGAAGAGCUUUGGAUGGCUGGGGGGAGUCCUCCAGCUCCACGCCGCAACCUCGAACGCAGCUCUACCUCAGUCAGGGUUAGCCUGCCCUUCCCGGAGAGAGCUUGAUUCCGGUCCAUCCUUCUGACAGCCGCUCAAGGGAACGGGUCGCCUUCUCUCCUCGACCAGCUCGCCAUUAGCAAGCCGGCCGAAUCCCGUCACCGCAUCCUUGGCCCAAAUUUCCCUCUCCUUUAAACAAACACACGUUUUGCUUCCUCCCUCCUAGAGUUGUGGCUGCACGUGACUCAGCUGCGGUGUGUGCUUACCAUGUGAAGUCUCAGAGCAGCAGCCUUGUUCCUGUCGUGCACGAGAGCUGUCUGAGAUGCAGGUCCCGGAAUGGCAGGCGCUGAGCACGCCCAGUGCGAGGCCGCCAGCAGCCGAACCCCUCUGGGCCGACCCGGUUCGCUGGCUCGUGAGCGGGGCCCAGAACGACUUUAAACCCCGCGGGGAACGAGGCUGAAAACGAAGUUAGUCGGUGCAUCGUUAUGGGAAGUGCUCCAGAAAAGGCCCCCUUGGCCCCCCUUUCUGACCCGAGCAGGCGCCCAGAGCUUGCAGCGCGGGGCUUCCUGGGCUGUCUGGGGCAGCCCUAAACGGGCUGAAGCACCUCUGCUCCCACCAGCCCUUUGCCCGCCCUCCCUUGUGAGGGAGGCUACUUGUGAGGGUCUCCUCAGAGCUGCAAUUCAGCCAGUUAAAAGGCAGCUGCUUUCCUUUGGAUUAUUCAGAGGUGCAGAGAACAUUCCCUGCAUUUGAGAACUGCUUUGCAUGUGUUUGGACUUACAGCUCAUGGGUAUUUGGGGCUUUUUUUUUGUUAUGGAAAACACACGCUGGAAGAAAUGCUAAAGCAGAGUCACAUCCUGUUCCUGCUCUGGGAAUGUAAUUGCCUGGGAAGUUGCUUGGACAAAAUAGUUGACUGCGGUCCUUUCCCCAGCUAAGACCAGGCCUUGAAGCUGCCCUCAGCCUCAGUGCCCUCAAACUCCACUCAAGAGCUCUUUGCUGGCAGGAGCCGCACCCACCGAAUCCCCGAGGCUCAUUUUCUCUUGAGCCGUUCUUCUGAGAUACCUCAAGAAGAUCUGCUUCAAAGUGAUCCUCGACAGAGUCAGCCCCCUCCUCCAGUGGCAUCAUUAUGAAAUGGCCCAGGAAGCUCAGAGCGUUCCUUCUCGCGGGACCCUCCCCCUCCCAAUUCUGCUAGGCCUUUGAGAAGAGAAAUGGCCACACAAGUUGAAGUGGGCUCUGUCCUGACCUCCCUGGCCAGUAGAAGCGAACCAAGGAACGAAGCGAUGCUCCAGCACUCCUUCAUCAGCUCGCUGUCUGACCCAAGCCGGAAGCCCAGGGAGGACCCCAGUUCUCUGGCCCCGUUGAUUCUGGAGGGCGGAAACAAGCUGGGGAAUCCCGUGAGGCCGGCCACCGUGCCCUCCGCCGCAUCAAGGCCGCGCUUGACCCCCAAGCCCUUCUCCCGUGAGACGUCUUCCGAUGCUUUUGCUGCGGUGAAACCACCUGUCCCAGGACUCAAGCCAGGCAGUGUUACUCCAGAGUCCCCCACCUUUGCCCAGACCUUUGAAGAUGCUGCCGAGAGAUUCACUGGAAACGUCCCGCCGCUGCUAGAUCAAAAAUUAAUUGGGAGCAAAAGCCCCAGGGAGCUCAUUGCCACCGUGCCCUUUUAUUUGAGCCCCCAGGCCAACACCGUCAUCCUCUUGGAAAGCAGGAGCCCUGAGAAGGAGAAGGCUGAAGAUGAAGGAGGUCCUCGAAAGGCCCGGGAGGGGCAGCUUCUGUCUUCCCCAUCAGAGAGGUGGUCUAGAAGGCAGCCCUCCCUCUCCACAGAUCCCAGCCUGGUCUCCUGGAGCCCUCACAGGUCUCUGGAAAGGAAGGAGAUCUUUUCGGGUGCCCCCAAGGGUUUGGCUAGCAGUGUUGAACCACAGCAGCACCCUAGUCUAGCCCCUGAGACGCACUCACAGGCCCAAGGGAGACUGGCAUCGUUGGCUGUUUUUCUGGAAUCAUGUCAGGAACAAACGCAGCCGACUCCUCCUGAGGCUGCUUCCGGGUUAUGGGUUCAAAAACCAAGGCCACUCUCUGCGGAUCUCACGGGCAAAUUUGAAAACCGAGAGCUUUCCUUCCAGAAGAAAUCUUGUCUGGCUGAAAGCAGGGAGAAGAGCUUUGCUGCAGCCAAGGGCAGGCCCCUGGAGACCAUGGCGGCAAAGAGCGAAGCAGCAGGCUUCAGCGUAGCUGAGCCUUGUAGUCCCAGAGUGAAAAGUGCCAGUCAGCUGGCUGAGUCUCCCAGUGCGAAAAGCCAAGGCUCUACCCAAAGCUGUUUGCCCUCUGCAGGCGGAGUGGCUCCCCCGGGCCAGGCCGUUCCAGAAGACUCGGGGCAAAUCUUUGCAAAGGACAGGAAGGAUCUGUGGGAGCUAGAAAGCCCGGGGAAACCCAGCGUGGGGCAAUAUAAUGCUAGCAAAGGCCAGGCUCUGAGAGAGAAGGUAGAGCUCCCUCCCAAGGAGGCUGGCUUAAGGAAUGCCAACCCGCCUGAUACCUUGGAUCUCAAAAACAGAGGCUGCGUUAAAAAGACUCUUCCACUUCUAGACGCCUCGGCAAACAACUGGAUUCCCACUGAGACCGAGUCUUUCUUCAACAGCCCUGGAAAAGAGAAUCGGAUAUUGAACAUCCAACAGAGAAUUAAAGAACUGACAGCAGAGAAUACUGAUUUCAAGCCAGAAAAUUUGCGUCGCUCGUUCCGGUCACGGCCUCUCUCCACAGAUUUGACAAAGGUGUUUUCUGGCCCCGUGACUGCAAGUGAUAUGAAGCCGAGGAGGCAGCCCGAAUGGACCAGGAAGCCUGUCAGUGAGAUACAGGAUGCUCAAGGGGAUGAGACGCUGCCUGCAGGUGGAACAGAUUUUAGAGAAGCCUGCACGGUUGGCAGUCCAUGGAAGCCCCCACUGUUGGCAAAAGCACCGUCCACAGAAGGACCCCCAGAGGGAGAGGGCGGCUUUACCAAAGGCAGGCAAAACGUCUCUUUGCCAGGAGAACGUCCUGGCCUGGUCCUCAGUCCCAAGGCAAAAAUGUUCUCCAGCUCUCCCACUGAAGAGGCCUGCCUGAAAACGGUCAGGGCCACCAUGUUUGAACAUCAUGUGCAAAGACACAGCGUGGUUGCCAACCAGCUUGGAGCUGAACCAUCGUUGCUGCCACUGAUGGAGUCCUCUGGAGAGUUGUUCUGCCAUUGUCAGGAAUUGUGGAAGGAGAGAGUGCUGGGAGUUAGACAGUCUACAAAAGGCUCCACCCGGGAGACUGACCUGUCAGGGGAUGCCGGAAAACCCAAAGAUCCCCGACCUUUAACUGAGGAUAAAGGCUCUCUGGCCCUGGUGUGGGCAGAAAACCCCGUGAAGGAGAAGCGCGAGAAACCGGCUUCAAAGCGCAUGGAGGAUUCCCUGCUGUACCAAAGGAUCGAGCCCAGAUAUGAGAUUCUGCAGACUCUGGGGGAAAAAGUACAAAGCGAGGCCGUUGCAGCCGUCCCCGAAGGGAAGGCCGUCACUCUCCGUCGUGAGAGAUCUUUGAAGGAGAGCCGGAGAGCCAGCAGGGGUGCUGAGGAUGAGAGUGAUGGCUGGAGAGGGGGUCCGCAUCCAAAAGGCCCUGCCCUGGGAACAAGCCCAUUGAAAGACCUUCCUGCCUCCUGGAGCCAGCGUACUGUCCACAGAGAAGGGACCGGGCUGGGCAGAAAUCAGGCCGGACAGCAGCUGGCCUCUGAGAAGGCAAUAUCAUUCACCAGCAGGACGAAGGAUGACGGCAUCUUUGCACCGUGCUUAGAAACUGAAAGAGAGAAGACACUUGCUCCUGCUGGUGCACUAGAGGGAUCCAAAAUGCUGGAUUGCUUCCCUGAGAGGGCUGGAACUGGGGUGCGCGAGGCAGAUGGCUGCGAAAACAGGGCUGGUGUGCUUGGUCAGAAGUCGACUCCGUCCCUUGCCGCCGGGCGCAAGAACCAGGCCUCUCCGCCUGGGACCAGCCAGUGGCAAAGGGUCAGCUGCACCGGGCUCCUCUCAAGCCUGGACUUGAAGCCGCCUUCUGAGCCGGAGGAACUCAAAGGACAGAAGAUGUGCUCGGCCAGGGGUGGAGCCCAAGAAAAGCUGGGCGGCGUAACGGAAGGAAAUCAGUUGCAACCGCUUGACCUAGAAGCGAGGUGGAAGAGCAGCUUCCGUAACGUUUCUGCUCCAAAGGUUUCAGACAGGUGGCGAAGGAAAACUGUGCCCCACAGCGCUGCCAGGUUUGAGGACGUUAGGGAGCCCUCUCAAGGCACUACAGAAUUGGCGAGCAGAAGGGACGCCUUGCAUCUUUUGGAUUGCUCAAUCGCCAAGAGAAGCCCCCAGACCCCCCAUCGAAUAGAUCUGAGGCAGGCAGAGGUCACCUCUCCCAGCAGCCUUAAAAAGCAACUCUCUCCUUCAGAGCCCAAGGCCAUGUAUUUUGCAGUUACUUGCCAAAUUUCAGAGGAAAUCAAUAACAAGCCUGGAAAAGAUGCGUCUGUGGCUCCUCAUGUGAGCAGUUCCAGAAGAGCUGAUCCCUCAAAUCAGCAGCACAGGGAGUGCUUUCCAGAGUCCCCGAGCUCCCCAGACAGGCCUCUUAGCAAGCACAGGGGAGAACGAGCAGCCCUGGAUCUUCCGGAGAAAGGGGCUUCUGAGCAUCCACUGGCCGAGGCAAGAGAGCGGGGCCGGGAGCUGCUCCACCGGCAGCCAGAGGAGGCUGAAGGGCAUCCGGCUGGAGCUGAUCCUCCCCCCUGCCCUGCAGCAAGGUCCCCGUCCUACUUGGCGUCUCUCCGGCAGGAGAAGGCAACUGAUUGCUACCGAUCGAGAGUGGUUGAUAUUGAUGAGCUGAUGGCAGAAUAUGGGGGAGACUCUCAGAAGGUUUCUGGGAUGGAAGACCAGAAAGAAAGUACCUUAUUUCCUUGGGAGAAAUUGCCGUCCAGAAGGAAUUUUACGGGGAGCAUUUCUUGCAGCUCUGAUCAGAGAGAGGUGACAAGGGUGGAACGCUCCCCGGGCAGCAGAAGGCCAGGCACUGAUGCCAGCAGUUGUGAGAAUGGCCGCACACAUGGGAGCGAUCCGCUGGAAAUCUGCACCCAGGAGUCAAGUCCUUUGAGGGCCAGGGAUGGGAAACACAGCCCUCCUCACUGGGGCAGGCCGGACAUAGAAGAAACAAAGCGUUGGUCUGCGGAGCCCGUGGGCCCAAGGACAAAGACAUCCUUCUUUGUUGGCAAGGAGCAAGGAGAGGGCAUCAGGCGAGGCCCGCAGAGUGCCGAAGAUGCCACUCUCCAACCUGUUCGUAUGGACCUGGGAGCCUUGUGGAAGGAAGCAAGCCCAAGGCAGUGGGCGGUUCUGGCCCCAGCUGGGGGGUGGUGCCCCAGCGGUGACUCGGGUGGCAAAACUGGGAGGAAAGCUGAUACCCACGCUGGCGUCUGGGAGACGGACUCUCCUGCAGCGCAGACCGGGACGGAACGGAGCAGUGCCACAUGCCGGGGGACAGAUGCCUGGCCGGACCCAAAGUGUUCCUCCUCUGGAAAGGCCCGUCAGGCCCAAGCAAGGCCCGGCUUACCUUUGGGUGCGAGGCUGGAUGAGCACCGCAUCUGUCGGAGCUUCCCUCCUGAAAGGCCGGGGGCCCGGGUGAACAAGGGAGCCCCAUCUCCGAGGGACUGCUUCUCCCACGAAGGGGACAGGGGCCUUGAAAAGGAAAGCCUCAAAGAGGACCACGAUGGUGCCGGAACCAGGCAUUCUCCCUACCUCCUUAUGCAGCGGCGGAGUCACAGUUUCUAUAAAGAAAGGAGAACCGAUCACUGGUCCGGGGACCACUUGAAGCAAUGCUUCGGCCGGCCAGCAGCAGAGGCCAGGGACACCGAUGUCCUCGUGCAAGAGGCCGACAGCAGGUACGGCACCUGGGGCAACCAGCGGCACAGCGGAGACAGUUUUGUCCCGGAGUCUCCUUCCUCGGAAAGCAGCGCGGCCCCCACCCAGAAGCCGUCCCCCAGCAGCCGGGCCUCUGUGUUCUCCUCUCCGACGGAUCCGGCCUCCAAGGAGCAGAGGAGCACCAGCCUGGAUGACUUCAGCCCAGAUGCAGAGUCGGCGGAUGGCGCCAGCGCCUCUCCCCCAACGGAGUUCUCCUUCCUCGAUCAAACUCCCCGGCUGGACUCGAGGCUCCUGAAGAGCCGGGUGCUGCUCGGCAAGAGGCGGCAGCAGCGUCGGGCCCCGAUCUCCCACACGCUCCGGAGAAGUGCCGGUGGAGAUGCUGAGCAGCCGCCGACCCUGUUCUCUGGAACGGACGACGCAGACAGCGCCUGGAUGUUCAGGGAUUCCACAGAAGUAAAGCCCACCAAGGGAGGAGAGUCGGAGGAGGAAGGGAAGUCCCCCUCAGCAGAGAGGCCACCCCCCUCCCAGCCACGGCUGCCCCUCUUCCCGGGCCUGGACCCUUCCGCUCUCAAGGCUCAACUCAGGAAAAGACACGAGUCGGAGGGGAGGGAGGAAGCCACCCCUGCGCCCCUCUGCAAGUCUCCCAAAGGUCCAUUUCAGGCCGGGGUCUCAGGAGGCAGGGCACUGACAGCCGCCCCCAGGAAGGAAGAGAGGUCGGAGGAGCUGCCCCCCCGGUGGCUGAAAGAGCUGAAGUCCAAGAAGAAGCAGAGCCAGCCCGAGAGCCCCAUCUGAGGAGGACUCAGGUUGGAGCCGUGACUGGCCAGAAAAGGAUGCUGCCUUAACUGACCGCCGCCCCGUUCCCGUCCCGUGGCUUCCUCUCGCCUUGACCGCUCUGCGCUCGGUGCCUUCCUCUCGGGCCCUGCUUGGCUCCAACACCGGAGAACCAGUGGGAGAGGGCCCGGCCCCACUGCCCUGCAUUCCCCGGGGCUGCCCCUGAACGCGCUGCCUUCCUGCUGGGGAGUCAAGACGAGAAACUGGGGUCUGUCAGGGAGGGAGAAGCUUCUGUGAGCGAGUUCUUUUCUCUUUGCGGAAGUGAAAAACAGAUCGCGCUUACUGCCAUAUUGAGAAGGAAAAGGGACUGGUUAUUUUUUAAGGAUCUAUUUUUGAUCGGCUGAAAACUUUGUGGAUUUGCUAUUUGGCCAGGGACAAUGUGAUUUGUCGUCGUCGUUGUUCAAGGAUCAAAGGAGAUUUUAUUGUACAAGUUUUGUUGGCUGUGGAGUAAUUGCUUCAAGGGUGAGCUGUCCUUUCCUAGGAGAGAGAAAGCAAUAAAGUCAAGCAGUCUCCUUUAAACGGCUGUAAAUCACCCAAGGAGAUGGCUUUUUCAUUUACUUAAAACAAAAACAAAAACCAGAAACAGAAGGGAGAAACAAACUUGGUCUCAGUGGUGUCUGUAUCAGGUCAGCAACAGAACCUGGUGAUCUUUGCUAGAUUUUCCUGUAAAUAUUUGGGAAAGGGAGCAUAGUAUUCCUAUCCUUCCAAACAUCCAGAUGCAGAAGUAUUCCCCCCCUGCCCCCAUUCUAAACUUGGGGAUAUUGAUCAGCAAAUGAACGUGCCUCUCGGCUGCCGGGAGCCCCUGCCAACAGGGCAAAGGCUCGCUGCGUGCAAGUCCCUUUUGGCUCCAUCCUGGCCAGCCGGAGGAAUCCCAGAUUGUCCACAAGCGAGGGGGCCAGGAGACCCUCUGGGAGGCCCCCUUGGUUAUGCUGGAGCGGAGGGGGGUCCUGCCCCUUUGCCUUUUGCCCCUUUGGAAGCACUUUUAGCAGCACAGCUACCCACGCCAGGGCUGCCCGUUGUCCUGCCCGGGUGGCAAGUCUUCCCUGUCAGUCCGAGCCCCAACCUCUGUGUCUGCAUUCCUGCCUCCCUGGACGCUGUGCUUAGAAACUUGCAUUGCCUUCCCUCUCCUCCCAUAAGUGCUCUUCUCACAAAAGCUCUGGUUUCAGAAGGGCUCAGCCAGAUGCCACGUCCUUUGGCCCUAUGGUGGGACAGCCAGCUGCCUCUGUGCCCGGCGCCGGUCCGGGACCAUGGGUUCCAUUUCUUCCCAGGCCUUGGCAGAAGGGAGGCCCAUCUGCUCCCCCAGGCCUCCAGCCCUCGGGCACCCUGCCCGUUGUUUGUGGGACUCGGUCCUCCUUCUCACCACCCCUGGAAGCUGUGAGACCAAGCCCCCCCACCCCAAAGCAAGGAGAUGCCCCCGCCCCUGUGCCACUUGGAGGAGGAAUCUCCUAGCAGUGCCAGCAUUUGCUCUGUGCAUCCGCAGCCUUUCCGGGGCUGGGGUUCCCAGGAGAACGUGGCUGGCAGAUCCCUGGGAAGCUGAGCACGGAGGUGCUUCCUUGUGCUCGGGCACUGAUGUUCUGCUCCUAGAAAUGUUUGGCCUUGAUAUGUCUGAUUAAAAACACAUGGUUCAGAGCAA